UGCUGGAGUGGAAGUGACAGGCGCCCUCAUCUCGGGAGGACUGAACGGACCGCAGAGACCCGAGACGGGAGGAGAUCACCCGGUUAGAGCGACCGUCAGGAGACUCAGCCCGGGGAAACGAUGCUCAGAAGGAGCCUCUCCGCCGGCAGAAGGACUUAAAAAGCUGCGGGGGAUCCAGUCGGACACUUUUCAGCCUCAUCUUCCUCUCUGAUAAGGACGAGUCUCCAGAUCUCCCUCCCGUUUGACCCCAGUUUACAGGUCUGGUUUUGAUCUCAGCACGAUGUGGAGGACCGGGAUCCUGCUGCUGCUGCUGGUCGUGUUUCUAGCCUCUGGAGAACUCCAGCAGGAGACGGAGCCACGGAGACUUCCUCCUCCGGGAAAGUUGGAUUUCGGUUAUGUGCCUGCGGGAGUUUACGAGACUCUGGCCCAUUACGAACCGGGACCGAUAGGGAUCCUGUUCCACCUGGUGCAAGCGUUUCUGUAUGUGGUGCAGCCAAAUGAAUUCCCUGAAGAUCUUCUUGUGAAGCUGGCAAAGGAAAAGUUUGGCGCCAUUCAGACAGAAUACCAAAAGCCAGAGAACAUAGUGCUGACCCUCCAGGCCAUCUACUAUGAGAUCGGCUUCGUGGUCUGUGCGGCGCUCGGCCUGCUGUUCGCCAUCCUGGUGCCGAUGGUCGGCCUCUUCUUCUGCAUGUGCCGCUGCUGCGACAACUGCGGCGGCGAGAUGCACCAACGCCAGAGGAAAAACGCAGACUGCCGGCGAGGCCUGCUGGGGACUCUGCUCUUCUCCACCUCACUGGUCAUCACGAUCGGAGUGCUGUGUGCAUACGCUGCCAACCAGAACCUGAGCUCUCAGGUGAAGAACAUACGCAGAUUGGUGAACAGCAACAUGAGGGACCUGCACACCUUCCUUAAUGACACGCCAAUGCAAAUUGAUUACCUAAUAUUCCAAUACGCCACAGCCAAGAACAAAGUCAUCUAUGACCUAGAUAAUAUAGGUCCAUUAUUAGGUGGAAGGAUACACGAUCAGUUGGAUAAGGAGGUCCAUCCUGCCUUGGACAGAGUUCUCAAUAUGGCUGGAGUGAAAAUCGAGAGAGUCAUCAAAGCUAUGCGAGAGACAAAGGAGGCCCUGGAGAACGUCAGCGUGGGUCUGGAGGUUCUCCAGGAAGGAACGGGGAAGCUCAACUUUAACCUGAGCCUGAUCCGGACUAGCAUCAACCGAACCCUGAGCGACCCGGGCUGCCACGACGAGGAGUCAGACGCCACCUCCGCCCAGCUGUGCCGCAAUAUCCGCCAGUCCCUGUCCCAGCUGCAGAUCGGGGCCAACUUCACACGGCUACCUAAAGUGAACGAUCAGCUGGAAAAAAUGAACGAUGUAAUGAGAACGGACCUCAGUGCGAUCGUCCAGAGGGGCUUCUCCUCUUUGAACGACACACCAAAUAUGGUGAUUGAACAGACCAGAAGUGUUGUUGAGAGUGUGAAGGGUUUGGUGGACGGCAUUGGAAAUAACAUCAGCAGCUUUUCCAAAGUGUUCCCUGUGCAGAGUUGCCUUUCCAACUUCACUAUCACUAUCAGCCAUGCCCACGCCAAGAUUGAGGAGUACUACCCUGAAAUUGACCAACUGGAUUUCUACAGGUGGAUUGGCUGCAUUGUUCUGUGCUGCAUGGUGGUCCUGGUCCUGGCCUUCAACUACCUGGGCCUGCUGUGUGGCACUCUGGGAUACGACAAACACGCCUCACCUACAACACGAGGCUGCAUCUCCAACACAGGAGGAACGAUGCUCGUGGCUGGCGUAGGAUUCAGCAUCAUCUUCUCCCUGGUGCUGAUGGGAGUGGUGACUGUCAUCUUCCUGCUUGGAGGAAACAUUGAGAAACUUUUCUGUGAACCUUUCCACACCAAAGAAGUCUUCAAGGUUGUGGACACGCCAUAUCUGGUUAACCCAGAGUGGAAGAACUUCAUCCCAGGCUACAUGUAUAACGACUCAGACCUGGAGCUGACAGCAGAGAGCUUGUACAGUACUUGCAAAGAGAACAAAGGCAUCUACUCAGCCAUGCGUCUGGACAAACUCUUCAACAUCUCCUCUUUCCUGAACUCUACUGUGUUCACUAAGGAUGUGGUGAGUCAGCUGGACAGUGUUAAGAUCGACCUGAGGGGGAUAAUCUUGUUGGAGGCUGAGGGGAAGCAGAACCUCCUGGAUUUCUCUGAAGCAGGGCUGUCAGAAAUCAACUAUGCAGACUACCUGGAAGAGGUCAACAAAGGGGUUACAGUGAUGGACCUGCUCACAUAUGCCAGAGAGUUGGAGGCGCAGACAGACCUCAUGCCGAGAGGCGGUCUGCAGUCCUCUCUGAAAGGCCACAUCGGCACUCUGCGGCAGAUCCACACUCAACAGAUCAUCCCCAUGGAGCAGGCCAUGAAAUAUGUUAGAGCGAGGAGUGCAUUGAACCAGAGUAUGAGGUUCCUGGAGAGGACAGCUUCAGACCUGCCAAACAAAGUUUUAGCAGUUCUGGAUGCGAUUGAAGCGGCCCAGUACCUCAUCUCCCAGAAUGCUACACAUUUAAUCAAUCAGGAAACGGGAAAAUACACAGCAACCAUCGUUGGCUACUUCAAUCAAUACAUAGAAUGGGUCAAAACUUCCCUGGCCUUAGAGGUGGCACCGUGCAAGCCUUUCAGCAACAUGCUGGACACGGCGGAGAUCAUUGCUUGCAGCUUUGUGGUCGACUCCAUGAACACAUUCUGGAUGGGCCUGGGCUGCAGCACUCUCUUCCUGCUCCCCAGCAUCAUCCUCGCAGUGAAACUAGCCAAGUUCUACCGCAGGAUGGACACAGAGGACGUUUACGACGACAUUGAGACAAUGCCCAUGAAAACUGCCGUCACAAACUGGAACUAAAAUACACCAUAGCUGUUUUUUUCACGAGGCCUCGGACCAGAGGAAGCUCAGUAGAAGCAGGUUUCCUUACAACAAAAGAAAACACAAAGCCCUUUUUUAAAAAUUAAAUCUUUAGCGAUCAACUCAACCUCCUCAAUCAAGCAGAUCACAGCCUUCGGUACAGAUACCUGUUCCCCCCUCAAAGAAAAACUGCCUGCAGGACAUCAAACUUCUCCUUCAUCAAUCUGAGCCAGGCUUGUUCUACAUUUUUUUUUUCAAAGGACUGCUGUGUCUGCGUUUACAUUUGUUCAGACAAAACUGAGCUGAAAAAUACAUUCAGCGAGAGGACAAUAACGGUGAUGCCUGUUAUCGUAACGUACUUGUCUGUGCUUAGGAACACGGUGACUGAAAGGUCAUGGCAAGCUGCUAGAGGAACUUUUCUCCUGCUCUUAGGAUGGAUCUAUCACAUUCAAAAGAUGCUUAUUCUAAAAGGGGAACAGUCUGUCGUUGUAUCUCUAAUGUGAGGUGCAAAUUAACAUGAAAUCCAAUGUGUUUCAAUGAGUGUUUCAUGAUGAGUGAGAACUGAAUGAUAUGAAGAAGGCGGUAGAACAGGUUGGUCCCAGGUGGAUAUAUGGUGAGAAAUAUGAAGAAUGUUAGCAUGAGUUUAAAACGGAAAUGUUUACAAUAUUACAAAACAUCCAGACAUUACUGCUGGCUGCGGGGAUUUGCAAAAGACUGGUUGCCUUUCAGAAGUUUGUUUCAUGCAGUUUUUGUUUGUACAGAUAUGGUCCUUUCUUAAAGGGAAAAUGAACCCAUGGAUGCUGUUACACUGUAAAUGCCAACAUUAAUAUAAGACGUUUCACCAAAGAGGGAUUUCCAAGCACAGAUGCAUUCAUUUAAAUAGUUGUUGACACCUACAAAGGGUAAAAGAUACACAGUAGAGGGAAAUGUGUUUUUAAUGUCACAUGUUUAUCAUCUUGGGACCAUUUGGUAGGUUUGGUACCACCCAUUUAGCCAGCUUAAAAGCAUACCUCCAUUGGAGAAAUCAUCCUGGUUUGGGCAUUAAUCACAUGAGUACCAUUAAUACUCAAACAAAAUCAGUAAAAUGCAUCAUUAAAUAUAAUUUAACCAACAGUGUAAUAAGCAUUUGAGGUGGAUUUUCCCUUUAAGUCAUGAAGUUUAUAUAUAUCUAUUACACAUUAAGACAGAGUGUCAGGCCUGUAGAUUGUUCCCUAGCUGAUGAAUUGAUUAACAAGCUAUCAUGUUGAGUUCACUAACAUGACAUUUUUACUGAGACGUUUCUUGCUUCCAUAGUGAUGAUGUGUUUAAAGUGGAGAAAUACUUUCUCAAGCCAAAUUGUUUUUCUUACCCUAGGUCUCAGUUCUUUAGUAAAGUGCUUGUUCUGUUUCUGCUUUUUAAACCCCACAGUAGCUAUGGAUACAUUUACAAAACUAUAUACUGUACAAGUGAAUGUAUUCAAGAGCUAUUUGUUAUUUUGUAUAACUUAAUAAUGUUGGCUGAGAGAUACGCUGAACUCUUAGCGAUAAAACGCAUUAGACAAGCCAAUCCAGUCAUCCCAACCUCGCCUCAAUGUUUACAGGUUAGAUUUAGACAAUCCAUUCAUGGGACAAUUCAAAUAUCCGAAGCCCAGAAGAAUGCUUUAUGGUUUACACAGUUAAUGGUUUGAUGCACACUGUAGAAAAAUAAAUGUCCAUCUUAACAUUGAACGUUUUAAUUAUACACGUCUAGCUAAUUGUAUACUUUAACAAAACCAAAGCAAUAUAAGCUAGCCAACAGUAAUUACUUAAGACUUGUUUAUUCAAGUAAAGAAGAACUGUAAAGAACAUUAAAUAAAUUAGUACAAGUUCAUAUUUUUACUGUAUUUUGGUCAAAAUCAAGAAAGAGCUGACAUGAUUUAGAAAUAACUUUGAUGCUAGCUUUUUAUCCCUAGCAUUAGCAUCAAUGUUGUGUCACUUUAUCAAACUACAACAGAUAUUUUAACUCUGCUACCUUGUUGCCUUUGAAUUACUAUUUAACUUAGAUUCAUUAAAAGGAGUAUAUUUCAUUUCUGUUGAUAAAGGUUGUCCAAAAUAAAUAUACUUAGCAAAUUAGGGUAGUUAGCUAGUAGCUACAGCCAGAAAUCUAGCUAGCUCUCUUGUUCUACAUACAGUCACUUAAAUACUUGUGCAUAUACAAGACUGUAUACAUAGUUUAAUAUUCAUAAGCAGUAUGCCAUACAUGCUGUAGUCUUAAUGUGAAAAUCUUACUAUGAUGUAAAUUCAAAAUGGCUUUCUAAAGCAUGAAUUUAUAUGAGUUUUUACUUGUUUCUUUAUUAAGAUGGACAUUUACCAGUGUGCUCACUUUGACAGGACUAUCAUUCUUGUCCGCUAGCGUCUGGAUGUGACAUCAUGAUAGAAAAUUGUUCUGAUUUAUACAUGCUUAUAAGUGCUUAAACUAGGUAUCGUGUAUCCGGACUUUCAGAUACAUCAGUAAAAGGUUUGAACUGUGAUGCUCCUACAGCUGGGCACUGAUGGAGCAACUGAAGAGGUAAUUCUUAAGUUGGGGGGGGACGAGGAGAGUGUAUAAAUUGUGAAUAAACUUUGAAAUUCAAUCUA